GGGGAACGGAGCGGCUGCCGCGCGCUGCCGCAUGUGCCUGGAGCGGCGCCGGAGCGGGCAGCGCGAGCCAUGGCGGAGCACGGCGGCCCCGGCAUCCCCAACGGCGAGUGCGCCGCCCGCCGCCCCGGCAACAGGGUCACCGUCGUGCUGGGCGCCCAGUGGGGCGACGAAGGUAAAGGCAAGGUGGUGGAUCUGCUGGCGCAGGACGCCGACAUCGUCUGCAGGUGCCAGGGAGGCAAUAAUGCAGGUCAUACAGUUGUUGUGGAUGCUGUGGAGUAUGACUUUCAUCUUCUGCCAAGUGGGAUCAUCAAUCCAAAAGUCACUGCAUUCAUUGGAAAUGGUGUUGUAAUUCAUUUGCCAGGACUCUUUGAAGAAGCUGAAAAAAACUUAAAGAAAGGAAAAGGACUGGAAGGCUGGGAAAAGAGACUAAUAAUUUCUGACAGGGCUCAUAUUGUGUUUGAUUUUCACCAAGCUGCUGAUGGCAUCCAAGAACAACAGAGGCAAGAACAAGCAGGAAAGAAUUUGGGAACUACCAAAAAAGGAAUUGGUCCAGUAUAUUCUUCAAAGGCAGCUCGAAGUGGACUCAGAAUGUGUGAUCUUGUUUCUGAUUUUGAUGACUUUUCUGAGAGGUUCAAAGUGUUAGCCAAUCAGUACAAAGCAAUAUAUCCUACCUUAAAAAUAGAUAUUGAAGGGGAAUUGGAAAAGCUGAAGGGCUACAUGGAAAAAGUAAAACCAAUGGUAAGGGAUGGUGUUUAUUUCAUGUAUGAGGCUUUACAUGGACCACCAAAGAAGAUCUUAGUUGAAGGUGCAAAUGCAGCACUGCUGGACAUAGAUUUUGGCACAUAUCCUUUUGUGACUUCAUCAAACUGCACAGUUGGAGGUGUGUGCACAGGUCUGGGCAUGCCGCCGCAGAACGUCGGGGAAGUGUACGGGGUUGUGAAAGCCUACACAACCAGGGUUGGAAUUGGUGCCUUUCCUACAGAACAGGAUAAUGAAAUCGGAGAAUUGCUGCAACAGAGAGGAAAUGAGUUUGGUGUUACCACUGGUAGGAAGAGAAGAUGUGGCUGGCUGGACCUUGUCUCACUCCGAUAUGUCUAUAUGAUUAAUGGAUUUACUGCAUUGGCACUUACCAAAUUGGAUAUCUUGGAUGUAUUUCCAGAAAUCAAAGUUGGUGUUGCGUACAAACUAGAUGGUGAAAUCAUACCUCAUUUUCCUGCCAACCACGAAGUCUUAAACAAAGUAGAGGUUCAGUAUGAGACACUCCCAGGAUGGGUUACGGACAUAUCAAAUGCCAGGACGUUUGAUGAGCUGCCUGUAAAUGCACAAAACUAUGUUCGUUUUAUAGAAAUGGAGUUGGGUGUUCCUGUCAAAUGGAUUGGAGUAGGGAAAUCCAGGGAAUCAAUGAUCCAGCUGUUUUAAAGAUUUCAGAUGCAUGGAAGAAAGCACACUCCUCAAAAGACUGCUCAUUCUUAAAUGCAUUAGUAGCCCGCAAAGCAAAGAUGUUGGAAAGAUAGAUUUCUGCAUGGGAAGAAAUGCUAGAGUUGAUACCCCCAGAUCAAUUGCUACUCCUGAAAGAGACUCUUAACAUGAACCUGUAUCAAUUCCUGUUCAACUGCAAAUACCAGGACACUUCUCAUUGUUGUUCAAGGUGCCAUCAGAUUUUUUUUCUUUACCUGAUAUUUACUUCAUAAUGUAAUUCCUGUUUGAAAAUCUAAGGUAGCAUUGCUUUCAUGACUGUUUGUCUUUGUUAUCCUCUCUCUGCUUUUGGCGGUGUUACUUCCCUGAAAUUUUAGACAGUAAAAAUAAUGCAGUUUUGCACAAAUAGUUUUACAUCCUCAUUAUUUGUAUUCCUAAAGCUGUUGUAUUCUUAAUGACUGGUCUUGUGAGUGAUUAAAGAGGGGGAGUCUGAUUUUAUAAUGCUAUAAAUGCUGUCUAAAUUAUUGUGUGAUCUGUUUUUUAAAAGAAGAUGUGAUGCCAAGUUGUUACGAAUGUCCAGGUUUUUUUAGCUGUAUAACACAGGAAACUUACUGUUUGUAACUCACAGAGAAUACUCAAGUGUUUACCAGGAAGUGUGCCCAGAAGGUUAAAAAACUGAUAUUGUAAAAAGUUCAUUUGCAAUUAUUAAAGAACCGUUCUGAUUUUGA